CCGCUACGUGCGCUGGGAGCGCGGGGCUGCGCUCUUGUGCGCUCGCCGCCGCCUCCGACGCGCCUUUGAGUCAGCAAACUCCGCCGCCCGCCUGCCCGCCGGUCCUGCUGUGCCAGGCUCCGCCCGGAGGUGCAGCCUAUCGAUCGUGUCCUGUGUUGAAGAUGUUUCCAGAACAGCAGAAAGAGGAAUUUGUAAGUGUUUGGGUUCGAGAUCCUAGGAUUCAGAAGGAGGACUUCUGGCAUUCUUAUAUUGACUAUGAGAUAUGUAUUCAUACCAAUAGCAUGUGUUUUACAAUGAAAACAUCCUGUGUACGAAGAAGAUAUAGAGAAUUUGUGUGGCUGAGGCAGAGACUCCAAAGUAAUGCAUUACUGGUACAACUGCCAGAACUUCCAUCUAAAAACCUAUUUUUCAACAUGAACAAUCGCCAGCAUGUAGAUCAACGCCGUCAGGGUUUGGAAGAUUUCCUCCGAAAGGUCCUACAGAAUGCACUUCUGCUUUCAGAUAGCAGCCUUCACCUCUUCCUGCAAAGCCAUCUGAAUUCAGAAGACAUCGAGGCAUGUGUUUCCGGGCAGACUAAGUACUCCGUAGAAGAAGCAAUUCACAAGUUUGCCUUGAUGAACAGACGUUUCCCUGAAGAAGAAGAAGAAGGAAAAAAAGAAAAUGAUAUAGAUUAUGAUUCAGAAAGUUCAUCCUCCGGGGUUGGACAUAGUAGUGAUGACAGCAGUUCACACGGAUGUAAAAUGAGCACAGCUCUGCAGGAAUCCUGAAAAAUAAUUCUAAUGUUACCAUUUUAGGAAUAGCAAACUGUGUCUAGUCGUAGAGCAGAAAGCUUGCUAAUAAUAUAUUCUUAACUAAAGCUCACUGUCAUAUUAAGUAUUUAAAUUCGUAAAGAUGUUGUGUUGUUUAUUAGUGGUAUUUUUAUGUUGUCCUAUUUUGGCUAAGCUUCUGUAAAAAGCUAAAAGCCAGUGAAUGCAGUCUUCUCCUUGAUAGGCGCACGCUAUUGGUAAAACAAGAUCCUGCCCUCAAAUGAAAUGAUUUAUAUGUUUAAAAAAACCUAGUUGGCUUUAUUGUAUUUUAAAAGAUAGGUAAAUAGGUAGCAUUUGAAAUCCAGAUAGAGCAUUCCUUCUUGUACCACUGGGGCAGUGUUAGCAUAAACCCAGCAGGUAUGGUCUUAGCCGCUAGGAAGACUUUCGGCACAGACCAGAAUGCCUCUCUCAGACAGGCGGCUGGAAUUCUGUGGGUACCUCCCCUGCACUGGGAAAACACUUACUUUUGGGGUGGUUGAUUGAAAUGUUUUAAGAGUGUUUAACCUUUCCAGUAUUCUAUUUCACACGUAAAUGGAAAAUGUAUCUUAUGAAUAGAGAGACAUUAAAAUUAUGUUUACAUCUUAGAGAAAAAGCCCAGAAAUAGCACUAGUCAUUUUGCUUAUAUUUGCAAUAUAUAGAUUCAGAAAUACAUUUUCAUUGUCCAAAAUCAGCUUUAACACAUGGUUUCUGGAAACAAACCAUUUGUUUUCAUUAUCUGUGUGUAAUUAGAAUUAUAGGUUCAUGAUUUAUUUUCUGACUUAAUGUGCAAUUUCUUAUCACUAGAUACCUUUCAGUGUCAGUGACAGUUGCUUGUUA